AGGUUUCUCCGACGAACGGAUUGUUUCCUUCCAAAAUAAAGUUUGACGUAUGACCUUCCAGCGCGUUAUAAAAACAUUUGUCAUCGAUUGAAGAAAAAAAUCUGAAUUUGUCAACCAGUCAUCAAAUAUCAUUAAUAAAGACUUUUGAAAUUUUGAAGUUUACAUUCAAAAGAAAAUGGAGUGGCUGUUUGGCAAACGAGUUACCCCUGAAGAAAUGCUCAGGAAAAAUCAAAGGGCUCUGAAUAAAGCCAUGAGAGACCUAGACAGGGAGAGAGCCAGGAUGGAACAACAAGAGAAGAAAAUCAUUAUGGAUAUUAAAAAAAUGGCGAAGGAUGGACAAAUGGAUGCCGUGAAAAUCAUGGCGAAGGAUCUUGUGAGAACACGCCGAUAUGUCAAGAAGUUCAUGCUGAUGAAGGCAAAUAUUCAGGCAGUGUCCUUGAAAAUUCAGACCUUGAGAUCUCAGAACGCGAUGGCUGGAGCGAUGAAGGGCGUCACCAAAGCCAUGCAGAGUAUGAAUAAGCAACUUAAUUUACCCCAGAUUCAGAAAAUCCUUCAGGAAUUCGAGAAGCAAUCUGAAAUAAUGGAUAUGAAGGAGGAGAUUAUGAAUGAUGCUAUUGACGAUGCAAUGGAGGAUGAGGGAGACGAAGAGGAGAGCGAUGCAGUUGUUUCCCAAGUACUUGAUGAGCUAGGCCUCCAGUUGACAGACCAGUUAUCAGGAUUACCUCAAGCUGGCGGAUCUCUGAGUGUAACCGGUGGUAAACAGGCAGUGCCAGCAGGUGCUGCGGCUGCUGGGGGAGGUGGAGAAGAUGGUAACCUCGUGGACGCUGAUGCUGACCUUCAAGCUAGGCUGGAAAACCUCCGAAGGGAAUGAAUAUAACUCGCUCCCAAAAUUUUCCUGUUCCAAAGAACGCGUGGACGUUGUAUCGAGGAAUGGUGAAUUGGUAGUACAGUUUUACUUUUCCAAUGAAUGUGAUAAGUAACGAGAAACAUAAGGGUAGAGACUGAACAAGUUUCUCCAGGAGAAAUUGUUGUUCAUCCAGGGAAUUAAAUAUUACAGUUGUAAAUUCUAGAACAGCUUGAAUUUAAAGGCUUCUGAAAACACACGGUUGUGUACAGGAGAGCACUGCAGGGCUCGUUAUUAACUUUUUUCUCAUUUAAAGAAUUGUUGGAGUAUUUUUAAUUAUGAUCAUUAUAAAGAAUAACGAACACCAUAGCUUUUUAUAUUAUUGAUUGAUGAUUGACGCUGAAGUUCAAAUACAAUAUUAAUCACUAAUGUUAA